AUGCCGAAACCAAAGCUCGAAUUAUCGGAGCUUGUCCGGGAGUUCGGAGACGACGUUUUCUCGUGCAACGAGACGACGCUCAUUUGCAAAGCUUGCUCGAAGACCUUCCCGAACGCCCGACGCUUCAAUUUAACCCAACAUGCUGCAACAAGCUCGCACCAGAAGUCAGUGGUUCUAUUGAGGAGGAGACAAGAAGAGGAAUCGCGGCUGGAGGCUGCCGCUUGUUCGCCCGAUUUACCAUCGUUCCCGAUGGAUCUCUGUGGCGCCUUCCUGGCUGCAGAUAUUCCACUCCACAAGCUCGAGAACCCGACCCUCAGAAAUUUCCUGGAAGCCAGCACGAGCAGAAUCAUCCCGAACGAAUCGACUCUCAGGAAGUUUUACGUGCACGAAAUUUACCAGCGAAAGAUGCAGACGAUUCGAGAAAGCAUUGGCCAGUCGAGCAUUUGGAUUUCGAUCGGUGAGACCGUUGACUUCAUGGGGAGAAGCAUCGCCCACGUCGUAAUCGGCGCCUUGAACAAAGAGGCUGCCGGCCGUCCGUAUCUGCUCAACUGUGAAAUCGUAGAGAGAACCAAUGCCCACACCGUCGCGAGAGUGUUCUACAAGAGUGUGGAGGACCUGUGGCCGAAUGACGUGCAACACGAGCGGGUUCUCGUUUUUGUAACUGACGCUGCCCCAUACAUGGUCGCCGCUGCGAAUAGCCUCAAGGUCUUGUUCCCGAACAUGAUCCACGUGACCUGCUUAGCUCAUGCGAUACACCGUGUAGCCGAGCAAGCACGGACAAUCUUCCCGAAUGUGGAUCGACUGAUAUCUUCGGUGAAGAAGAUUUUACUCAAGGCUCCAUCACGCGUGGAAGCCUUCCGCGCGGUUCUCAUCGGAGUCCCCUUGCCUCCCAAACCCAUCCUUACACGCUGGGGCUCUUGGAUCAACGCAGCGCUCUACCAUGCUGAGCAUUUCGAAGCCAUCAGGAGCUUCGUCAAUGAUCUAGACUCCACGGACGCGGCAGCGAUAGGUGAAGCUCAAGAUUUGUACCGCUUAGACUCGCUGCGGCAAGACUUGAUUCUGAUAUCUGCGAAUUUGCACUUCGUUCCGAGAACAAUCACUUUGCUUGAGACCAGCGGCGCGUCCCUACAAGAAUCCCUCCAGCAUGUUAGAGAUUUCGAGGCGAUGAUCAACUUCACGCGUCGCCAGAAACUGUAUCCGGUAAAACAGAAAUUGGAGUUCGUAUUGAGUCGUAACACCGGCUUAGAGUCGUUGAGACAAAUACAGGGCGUACUCGAGGGCAGCUUACGUCUGGAGGAGUCGCCGAUCGCUUCAGCAUUGAGUGUAGAGCAAGUCCCUAAGUUCAAGUUCGCGCCCAUCGUGUCAUGCGAUGUCGAACGGAGCUUCUCUGUUUUCAAAAGCCUAUUUCGUGAGAACCGAAACGGCCUGACCGCGGCCCAUUUGAAGGAGUACAUCGUUAUCGCUUGCAAUCAAGAUCAAUGA